UAUUUGCAUGUCCUGAUGAAUAUGUAUCACAGUGGGCGUGGCGAACCGGGCCUUGCCUUGAACGUCAUGAAUACGCACCUCGGUAAGGCCGUGGAUUUCCAAGCCCGGGCCUGGGAUAUGUUAAGUUCAGAGUCCCAGUCUGGUGAUGUCAUGGACUCUAAGCAGCAGUCAUUGUGCUCCCCAUUUCCCUGCACGGCUACCAAUGGCCGUAGAGGACCCAAACAGCCAUCAAGCAGCCCUGAGACAGGGGCUACCCGCCCAAAGCCACCUGUGAAACCCAAGCCCUGUGUGCUGCCAAAGCCAGUGAUGCCAGUGAAGGCUGCUCUUGGACUGCGUCCGGCCCUCUCUGAAGUGCCCUCUGCUGAAAAGAUCAAUUUGUUGGCUGGGCCCAAGCCAUAUAGCAGUGGAGCAGGCAAUGCUGUUAAGCGGCUUUCUUUUAGUCUAAAGUGCCCCUCAAGAGAAACUAACAAUGGGAAAGAGGCUUCACCUCCCUUCUCCACUGCAGCCAAACCAUCUGGAGAUGGUGGAGGAGCUGGGCCAGCAAAGAAUUCAAGUGCUAGGGAGGAGUGUGGGGAAUCCUCCAGUGUGCACAAGGGAAGUGUUCCCUUUAAAGUGAAGCCUGUGCCAGUAGUCACCAAGCUAGAGCGUUUUCCUGGGACCACAGUGGAGGAGAUCUUGGCCAAGAUAGAGAAGCCCAACAAGGAGGGGCUGACCAGCCCUGACAGGCCUCGACUGGUCCGAUCUUUCUUCAGCCAGGACGGUGGCACAGCUGUUCACUUGGGGCCUAAGGGCUAUGCUCCAUUCCGGAGAUGUUCCAGUGGAGGAGAAGGGGGAGAAACUGAGUUGGAGAGUCCCCUGCACAUGGGUUCUCAUGAAACUGAAGAGAGCAGAUGGUUGAGAAACAAGGAGGAAACUACAAGCUCAAAUGGUCAACAUGUGACUGAAUCUGAGCAACUUGCAAGAUCAACAGAGAAAGAUUUAGAUUUCCUCUGUAGGGACAGCAGCUCCAGUCAACGUAGCAUGAGCUGUGAUGGAGGUCAGCCUGGACAUAGCAGUCCACAGUCUCCCCCUGGCGUCUUUGUCCCCCAGACCUAUCAGCCCCUUGCUAAGCUUUCUUCUGGCGUAACACCUGGGUCCCCGGAUGGCCCUACUCAACCGGCCCAGCCCCCAGGGGCCCCAUAUCUUCCAGCAGAUGUCCCCAGCACCAAAGCACAUCUUCCACCAGGCUCUCCUGAUGCACCUUCUGAAUCCCUUAGAUCUCCUGUCCUGGUCUCUCUUGAUCUUGCCCAGACUCCAGGUUCCCCUGUGGCCUUUUUGGCCCCUUGCCCCCCAGGAUCUCCCUGUACUUCCAUUACAACUUCCCCAGGACACUCCUCAUUUCCACGUCCCAGCCCUGCUGCAAGGAAGCCUAAGGUCUGCCCUUUCUCUGGGCCAUCUGCCAAUUUGGCCCAUGCUGCUCCUACUGAGCACAACCUGGAGCUUUCCAGUUGUCUCCUGGGAGUUUCUGAAUCCCCUGGUUCCCCAAGCACUCUUUCUGAGUACCUUCUUGGUUCUGAUCAGCCUCCUGGCUCUCCUUCUCACACACAGGACUCCCCUUUACUCUCCAGGGAUCAAGAUCCCAUCAAGAACCACUCGCAGAUAUUCCCUCCUGAAGACAAGGGCCUCCAGCUUGUCUUCCUACAGCGCGCCUCGGAAGGAGUGAUGCAGCCACGAGGCAAAAAAGUUGUCAGGGAGGAGUUGGGUGGGUCCUUGGCUGUCCUGCCAAAGGGUGGGGACCAUCCAUUAGAACAGAAUACUGGGGGAGAGUCCAGCUGGAGCCUGUCACAGUCCUUUGAAUGGUCAUUCCAUGACCGGACUCGGGAGUGGGGUGGAAGGAGACUGGGAUCUCCACCCAGGUCUCCCAUUAAGGAGGCUGAGGAUACAGAGUUGAGUGGAGAGAGCACCAGCCCCAAAGUGGCUGAGGAGAGCCCAUCUAUCUCCUAUGAGGAGAGAGGUUCAGAGGGACUGAGCAGACAAGGAGAGGAGGGCGAGUCUAAUGGGAACUCUGGUUUCCUCGGGGAUUCUAGCAAUUUCCUUAGCAGUGGGAAGAAGGUUGAGGAGCAGCCAGAGACCCCAUCAACCCUUGGGAUGUCUGCACCUGGAGGUCCCUCUAGCCCUCAACUAAAGGGCCCGAUAGUGGCAACAGAGGCUAGUCUUCAAGAGCAUGAUGGCUUACUGCCUUUUGUCCCAACCCAUGAGGAGGGGGCUCUAAGGGCAAUGGAGCCGUUGCCAAGCAUAGAGCAGGCUGCCCCUCCUGCACAGCCUUGCAUCUUGUUCUUGGAGGAUGCGCAGAUGCAGAUAGCUGCUUCCUGCCAGGAGGGCAAUGGUGCUCUGGGUAUGGCAAAGGAAGGCAAGAUGGGGGAUGCUGACUCCCUGAGGGAGGUGGAGAUUGAGCCUGUUCCUGGUUCAUGCUGGCUGGAUGAACUGCUGGCAUCUCCUCCACCCAGCGCUGAAGACACUAAGAGGAGGGGCACACCCAAGUCGGAAAAUCCCACAGGACCAGAGGAUCUCCUUGGAUGGUCAAAGAAAGAUCUUUGUGUUGAGUUUGGCAUUGUAGGGGCCAGUCAGUCUGAAACCUUUGGCAUGGGUUGGUCUGAUGCUUCUGGUGUUGUCAAGGCACAGUGGCCUGUUGAGACAGAACAGGAUCGAGAAUUUGGCAUUGGCAAGCCGGACUGGCCGAGUUCAUAUGCUGUUGGUGAUGCCAACAGGCAGGAUAUGGAAUUUAGUGCCAGCCAACAAGACUGGACCAGAGGGGUACAAUUGCCGGACAAUUCCAACUCGGGGCAAAAAGAGUGGCUCUCUGGCUAUGGCAGCAGCUGUGCUGGCCAGCAAAUCCAGGAAUCUGAUUGGAGCAGCCAGUAUGACAUUGACACUGCUGAAAGUCAGGACAGACAGCCCUACGCGAGGAAGCCAGGCUGGCCCAAACUCUGCAGUACUGAUGAUGUUGAUCAAGGGAGCAGUGAGUUUGCAGCUGAAAAAACAGAUUGGAGCAGUCAGUUUCAUGUUGGUCCUGCUGAAAAGACUGAUUGGCCUAGCAAAUACAGUGUGGAAGAUAUCAGUUGUCCAGAAUUUGAGGUCAAGACUAAGUCAACAGAGGAGUCUAACAAAUAUAGUACUGCCAGCUCCCAGGAUACACAGUUUAGUAUUGUGCAUUCAGAGGAGCCUGAUGAUUGCAGUGCCAAGGAAGAUGACACACUCAGGACCAGGCAGUUAGACUGCCCAAGUGAAUCCAGUGCUAGCGGCAGUGCCAACCAAGUGCCAACAGGGCUCAGUGCUCAGCAGUUUGAGCAACCUAGUGAAUAUAGUGCCAUCAAAUCUCCAGUUAACCAGCAGCAACCCCGACCUAAUACAUAUGGUUUUGGUGAUGUCAGCUGCAAAGAAUCUGAACCGAGCAUCAAACAGUCUGAUUGGCUCAGCAGAUAUGACUUGGGGGUUGCCCACCACCAGGAUGAUGAGUUCAGUGCUGAGAAACCAGAUGGAGCCAGUGAAUAUGAUGAUAGCCAAACAGAUUGGGCAAGAGAGCCAGGUACUGGAAACAGAGGCAGCAGCACCAAAUUUGAGACUGGUGAUCUGGAGUUCUUUGCUCUGAAGCCAGUCUGGACUGAUGAAUACAGCCUCAGUGAAACCAAGGCACAAGACAGUGACUUCCCUGCUAGUACAAGAGCCUGGGCCAAAAACAUUGGUGUCUCAGGAACUGAACUGAAAAACCAGUUUGGUACUACAGGAAAUGAUCAAGCUGGUAGCUUUGGCUCAUUGGGUUUGCCAGGUCUAAACAUGACAAUAGAUUUGGUGGAGACACCUGGCAGUCUGCUAGAUCAGGCUGGAGACUUAAGAACUGUGGUCAUGGAUGAGCCCAGAGGAGUUGGAGAGGGGCAGCCAGAUUGGACUCAGGAUCUUGGCCUCGGAGGCAUGGAUCUCUCCAAUGACUCGAAGUUUAGGAGCCCAGAUGCUUCUAGGAAACCUACAGAGAAACAGCCUGAUUGGUUCCCUCCCUUGGGCUCGGAAAGCUUGUCUGCCAUGUCAGAUACAAGGCCUUUGAAUCCAGAGGAGUCCAGAGAACCAGGUGUGGGGCAGGCAGAUUUGCCCUACAGACCUGAUAUUGAAAGUAUGGAUGCAUCUAAUUUGAGUCCCAGAGGUUUGGAUGGUGCUAUGGAAGCAGACCUAUUGCAGGUGGACUGGACUGGCAAAAGUGGACUGGAGCAUAAGGACUACAGCUAUUGCUUUGAAGCACCUGGCUUGGAUGGUAAUGAGAUGCAGCACCCAGGAGGAAGUGAAGAUUUGGGAGAGAGGUUGAAUAGACCUCCAAAACUUUGCACAGCCCUAUCAUGUAGUCCUUUGUACCCAACAAGCGUUGAUGCUCACAGAGAUUGAUGGCUGCUGUAGAAAGAGGGCAACGAAGACAGAGGGCCUCUAAGAAAGGCCACACACUACCAGUUUUAAAGAUGUGAGUUCUACCCAAGGAUCUUAUUCAGAUGAUGUGCCCUUCGUUACACAUCUUGGAGUCUCAUUGACUCCCUAGGUGCUGAGUGUCACAGACUGACAUAUUUCCUCUGGAGAGAUACUCUGGCUCUCUUGCUUCAGUUACUCUCUGAGGAGCUCUUUAAUUAAGCUGUUAGAUUCUCUGACCUUUUUUUGAUAUGCACUUUGUCUGAAUCAGUGUCUGGUUCUAUAAAUUCCUUUCCAGUUAAGGCUUGGCACAGAAAUCGGCCUAAACACUUCUAAGGUUUCAGACAUAUGUGAGCUACCUGUUUUGUACGAACUUGACAUAAGAGGGUGGGGGCUAAUCUCGGCCUGGAUAUGUUGCUUCCUUUCCGUGUCUCUGGCAAAGACUUAAUGAUUGGUUGUUGCUGGAUUUGGAUGUUUCUUCCUUAGGGUUGCCACCUGUCCAUUUUUCACUCAGGCAGUGAAAGAACUGAAAAUGUGUGUUCUGUAUUUAGAGUAUCUUUUGACCUGGACACUUGGAAUUGGCAUAUGGUUUGUGUUUCCUCUGUCUAGCAGCCACCUAAUGGCGCAGCAGGGAAAUGCUUGACUAACAAGCAGAAGGUUGCUGAUUCAAAUCCCCGCUGGUAUGUUUCCCAGACUAUGGGAUACACCUAUAUCGGGCAGCAGCGAUAUAGGAAGGUGCUGAAAGGCAUCAUCUCAUACUGCGCGGGAGGAGGCGAUGGUAAACCCCUCCUGUAUUCUACCAAAGAAAACCACAGAGCUCUGUGGGCGCCAGGAGUUGAAAUCAACUUGACUGCACACUUAACCUUUAACCUUAGGACAGGAGUGGAGUCACCAUUGAGCGAACAGGUUCAAAGAACCCAGGCCACUGCCCCUCAGGGGCUGUGCUUCAUGCCCCAGACACUCCCCCCAUGUUGGCGCAGGAGCGUGAUUUAGUUCCCAAAUGGGGCUGCACAGCCUUGUGUUUGAGCUAAAUCGGCCAGCGCUGCAUUCACAGCAUGCCAGAGCGACUCUCCCUGCCUUUUAAAGGCAGGGAGAGCUGCUCCUGGCUGUGUGCCCUGUUUGGGAGCUAAACCAUGCCCCCACGUCUGAUGUCAGACACAGGGGGUGGGGCUAGAGGGGCUGAGGCGGCAGCAGAACCCAGGCCUCCGCUGGCCUCCCUCUGCACCUGCUGUAAGGUUAAACUAUUGAUUGGCCCAAGGUCCUUUAGUGAGCUUCUGAUUUGAACCUAGGUCCCUCCAGUCCAAGUCCUUUAUAUUGUAUUUACUGUUUUGUGGAAUGCUGAGAACCUGGACGUGUACAUGCAUGAUCACUCUCCUAUUUUAAGAACACCUAGCCUUCUGGGUUGCUAUGUAACAGGCUGCUUCCAAACAGAGACUUCCUAGUGUGUUAGGUGUCCUGAAUCUGUGCACCUGACACCUGCAAGCCAUACAGGAGCAAGUCCGUUUGAACUCCUCUUUGAGUUCAAAUAAGAAAUUGGGAACUAGCAGAAUCAGCGUAGGUGGCACAGUCCAGAAAAGUGUCUGUUCUGCAAAUCCCUGAACUGAUGUUUCUCUUCUUUAGUAUAUCCCUUCUACAUACAUGCAUUUUUUUCAGCCACAGGGGAAACUGUCUUUUAGGCAAACUUUUAGAAAUUUUAAGUGUGGCAAAGUCUCUUGCAGUAGUUGGGGAGUGGUACCUGUGUUCUAACAUCUAUCCCUUUUCAUGGUCCUCAUCCCCACCCUCUGUUCAUACCUCUGUUUAGCUCUCAGUAUUUUAUGGACUUCAGUCUUCCUUUAUAUAGGAUAUAGGAAUCUGAACAAAAGAUACCAGCUACUAGGAUGAAUGCAAAACAUAUUCUCACACACAAAAAUCAAUGUGGCAAUACAUCUGAUUUGUAUAACUUGGUCUAACCUCAGAAAUUAGACUCCUUGAAUCACUCAGUUCUGUCUUUCAUCUCAGUGUAGCAUUCUAGAGUCCCUGACCAUAUAGAUUCUUUCCCAUCGACUGUCUAGAAUCGGGUUGUGUGUAGAGAACCCUCAAGAUCUGGAGCAGGCCUGCACGUCUCAUGACACACAAACUGAAUGUAGCCCACAGCUAUGUUUGGUAGACCAUUUGAGUUGUUUAGCUGUUUUGCUGCCUGCCUGAGACUGCAAAAACAGGGAGGUUGCCAUGCACCUGGCAGGCUGAUGGGCUGUGUUCAGCCUGAUGGGUCAUAGAGGCAACCUUUGGCUUUAGGUCCUUGUUGCCUGUGAUGCAGUCAUGCAUCACAGUCUCCAUGAUAAUCUUUUAGCUCUUUUGAAAUUGUCACAUAGCAUAGCUUGCAUUUUUGUUGGUGCCAAGGACAUUGUGUGCGUCUCUCGUCCUGUGUUACCUAAUGCAGCCUUGGAAUAUGAGAGUCCCUGUCUGCAUCCUAAAGUGAUACAGUGCCAGGAAGGCUACCGGUGGGGGGUGGGUCUUGAUUUGUAUGAUGCGCUUUCUUGAGACACUUGCACUGCUUCUUCAUUGAUGCUAGAUGAAAUUCUCCUAUCCGGUGUUGUCCACAUCUCUGACUUUUCCUUAGUCAUGAGUUGCAUAUGAGCAGUAUUCAUUUUCCUUUUGACUGUCCAGUCCUGUCCUUUGCACCCUUUCAUUUUUCUUUUACUCUGAGAAAAAUAUUUGGGAAGGAGAUCAGAUGAUAUGGUAAUGUGGUGGGUGGUGGAAUGUUGUUGAUGAGAGUAAGU